AUGCCUCAAGGUGCCUCAUCAUAUAUGCCCGUGAUUGCACCUGAGACAGUUUUGGUUGCAUUUUCGUCCUUCGUAACCGAUCUAAACCACAACCGUGACGGAGAAAUAGGUGACACUCUAGCCUUCGGUGAGCUUGCUAAUGUGAUGGCCAGUACUCCUGUUAUGGUCCCAAUUUUCGGAGAGGGUGGAGCAUCAUGGUUUACCGGGAGUACCUAUGGGAUUUAUGGCCAAAGAUACACAAGAUACAGAGCUCUAGCUAAGUUCCAAGUUGGUCAGCAGUUUCAUGAUAAAGAGGAGGUCGUCUUAAGCUUGAAGACUUAUAGCAUCCGCUGUGGGAUUGAAUACAAAGUGUUGGAAUCUGACCAUCGCAAGAACUAUGGAAAGUGUAAGGAGUUUGGCAACGAGUGCACAUGGUUGAUUCGGAUAAGUCUUCAUCAGCGCAGAGGUAUUUGGGAGGUAAAACGGUACAACAGACCUCAUAUUUGUCUGACCACUUCGAUAUCUAGUGAUCACAGGAUGCUUGAUUAUCAUGUGAUAUCGGCUUUCAUCCUGCCUAUGAUUAGAGCUGAUGUUGCUGUGUCAAUCAAGAUCACGAUGCCAGGUAGUGUUGCAGUGUUGAGAACGAGUCUUGUGCGAGUUGGUGGGAAACUCAAUGAGUCAUCAACUUAUUUCCAUCGGCUUUUCUGGAUAUUCUCACCGUGUAUCGAGGCCUUCCAACAGUGUAAGUCGUUGGUUAGUGUCAACGGGACCCACUUGUAUGGCAAAUACGGGGGAGUACUGCUCGUUGCAAUUGCUCAGGCCGGCAAUUCUAAUAUCAUUCUUGUUGCAUUUGCACUUGUGGAGGGUGAGAAUGCAGAAUCGUGGUCAUUCUUUCUAACCUACCUUUGGCAACUCGUAAUGUCUCAGCUGGGUAUUCUAGUCAUAUCAGAUAGGCACAACGGGAUCAAGGCUACAUUGGAGGAUCUUGAUGGCGGUUGGCUUCCACUAAUGCAUACGGGGCAUUUUGUAUCUGACACGUGGCGAUGA